CUGUACGCGGUUACACUCGUGACGGAGGAAAUGGCGCCCGUCUGGUCUCGCAGGCUUUACAGUGGCCAGCCAGUCCGGUACUGUAGAAGCUGACACGUAAGAUUUCUAACUGUCUCCUUCAACACCGAGCUCAGCUUGAAGAGAAAUAUGGUUUUAAGUGGAGAGAGUGCCGGUGUGUGUGGGAUAUUGAAAACAUAGCAGAAAUCCCAGACUCGGAAUAUUUGGGAACAUUGCUCGUGUUGCAGACCACCUUGAAGGACAAUGGCCAAAGAGCAGAAACAAAGCAGGGCGGAAACGUUUUUACUUGCAGGGUCAAAUGGUCAUAAUGGCCAGCAAUGGGCAACUGGUAUGAGUAACUCUGUGCAAAAUCAUCCUCCACCUGCUAACAAAAUGUCAAGGAUGGCCCGCGUUGCCUCGCAUGUGAGGCACAAGUGUGCUGCCUAUGUGCUAGCAUUGAGGCCAUGGAGCUUCAGCGCCUCACUUACGCCCGUGGCCCUCGGCAGCGCCUUGGCGUACAAACUGGAUGGCUCUGUGGACUUGGUCGUUCUGAUGGUGUGUGCUGUGGCUGUCCUCGUGGUUCACGGGGCGGGUAACCUUGUAAACACCUACUAUGACUUCUCCAAAGGGAUUGACCACAAGAAGAGUGAUGAUAGGACUCUUGUGGACGAAAUCCUGGCGCCACAGGAUGUUGUUAUGUUUGGCGCUUUGUUAUAUUCUCUGGGGUGCUUGUGUGCCACUCUGCUUUUCUUCCUGUCUACGCUGAGGCUGGAGCACCUAGCCCUAAUUUACUUUGGGGGUCUCUCCAGCUCCUUCUUAUACACUGGUGGCAUCGGCCUCAAGUAUGUGGCCCUGGGAGACGUAGUCAUCCUCAUUACCUUCGGCCCACUGGCGGUCAUGUUUGCCCACGCGGUGCAGGUCGGGUACCUCUCCGUGCUCCCGUUGGUGUAUGCCGUCCCGCUGGCCCUCAACACAGAAGCUAUCCUCCACAGCAACAACACGAGAGACAUGGACUCUGACAAGCAAGCGGGGAUUGUCACCCUGGCCAUCCUCAUUGGACCUAUGCUGUCUUACGUCCUCUACAACCUCCUGCUCUUUGUCCCUUACGUGCUCUUUUGCAUCCUCGCCACCCGUUACACCAUCAGCAUGGCACUGCCUCUGCUCACGCUGCCCAUGGCCUUCUCCCUGGAGAAGCAGUUCAGGAGCCGAUGCUACGCCAAGAUCCCCCAGAAAACAGCCAAGCUCAACCUCCUGAUGGGACUUUUCUAUGUAUUCGGGAUCAUUCUGGCUCCUUCUGGCAGCCUGCCAUUACUGUGAUUUAGUAGAAAAUUCAAAUUUUGUCGAUUUAAUACUGACUAGUUUACGUACUGAUUUGUAUUCAUACAAAACUGUCUAAAGGGUCUCGCUGGCUUUAAUUUAAUGUUUAAUUUAUGAGCUGAACAGACUUAGCUCCUCCUUCGGGAUGCUGAAAACAUAAUCAAGAUUCUUUUAUCGAGUAUUGAGCCUGCUGUAAUGUGUUGGUAAAAGUACGAAGUGUUGGUGUUGAUUUGUAGAGGCGGGCAACAUUUUCAUCAUAUAAAGACUGAAAGUAAACCUACUGUUGCCAUAUUUCUAGACAUGACAUAUAACAUGAUCCUACAAACAUCAGUAAACCAUUGCUGUCCUCUCUUCAUGGUACAUACUCUUGAUUUGUUCAUUGUGGUUUUCAUUUUGGAGAGCCUAAUAGUAUUUUGUCAGCUUGUAAUAAAAGUUACUCAUACUGAUGUCUUCA